GUUUGCACGAGGUGAGAGUGAGAUGGAGGACCCGUCCUCCUCCCAGGAGUCGGGUUUGCCCGCCACCUUGACUCCCGCAGAGGAGCCUUCACUAGCGCAGCUUGACAAAGAGCAGAUUAGAAAGGCAGUGGAAGCUUUGUUGACACAUUCUAAGUCCAGGAAGAACAAAAAUGGAUUACUUUUGAAUAAGAAUGAAAAUUUAUUUUUACUGGUGGUACUAUGGAAACUUCCAAGAAAAGAACUAAGGGUCAGAUUGUCCUUGCCUCAUGGCAUUCAGUCAGAUCUGUCAGAAAUCUGUUUAUUUACCAAGGAUGAACUCCAGUCAACUGAACAGACUGAACGCUUCUAUAGAAAGCUUUUGAACAAGCAUGGAAUUAAAACAAUUUCUCGGAUUAUCCCUUUCUGAACUUUAAGAACAGAAUAUAAAGCCUAUGAAUCCAAGCUCCAGCUCCUGAAUAGUUUUGACUUCUUCCUUGCUGAUGAAAGAAUCAGGUGGCUUUUGCCCUCACAUAUAGGAAGACAUUUCUAUCAAAGAAAAAUUCCAGUACCUGUAAAUCUCCUGGCCAAGAAUUUAUCAGCAGAGAUCAACAACUCCCUAGGUGGGACUGUCUUAAACAUCUCUAAAAGUGGUUCCUGCGGUGCUGUACGCAUUGGUCACACUGGAACGCAGGCUCAAGACAUCACUGAAAACAUUGUUGCUGUGGCAGAAAGUCUGUCCAAAAAGUUACCCGAGAAGUGGGAAAGUGUGACACUCUUGUUUGUGAAAACUGGGAAGUCAGUUUCCCUUCCCAUCUUUUCCUCAUUUGUCUCUUACCGGAAUGAUGCCAACAAAAUGGUCAUCCACAAACUGAAGGAAAACGAGGCUAAGAAGAAAGAGAAAGAGCAAAAACUUCGUGAAAAACGGAAGUUGAAGAGGGAAAAGAAAAAGUUAAAGGAAAAAGCUAAGAAGGCUACAUCAGCCCCAACUAAAGGUGACAUGACACCUAAAACUAAAGGUGACAUGCCAUGUAAAUCUAAAUGUGCUUUUGUGAAGAGCCGUGGGUCUCAGAAAAAAAAGACCAGCAAAGUGAAAGCCCAAGUUAAAGUGACAAAUGAAUCUGAUGAGGAAAUUCCACAACUGGUACCAAUAGGUGUGACUCCAGUGAAAGAAAGUGUUAAGGUGCAAAAACAUGUCCCACAGAAAAAGUCUCCAAAAAAGAGUCCUGGUCCCAGCACACCACAGGGCAAGAAGAGAAAGGCCCUGCCACCUCCUGAGACCCCGGGUGCAGGCCCACAGAAGAAGCUGAAAAUAGAACAGAAGAAGAAACAAAGGAAAUCCUCACCAGAGAAGAAAGACCUGAGACAAACUCCAAAAAAGCCAGAGGCCAAGCUCUUCACUACUGCUAACAAAUCUGCAAAGAAACCUCCCCGAACCCCUAAGCAGUUGCCAAAAGUACCCAAAGUGCCCCAGUCAACCUAAAAUCAGUGACUCAACCAGAAGGAAAUAGAGUUACUUGAAGGCUGGAA